AUGGGACUCUUGAAUGCAUGCAGUCUCGCCAGCAUGAUUUUUUUCGAAUACGCCAUGCUCAGAAAUGUUAUGCAGAAUAGUGGGACGAACGAGGCGUAUACAAAUGGAUUAAACGACCUCCUUCCCGCUGAGACGUGGAGACAGAAUUUCCUCGACUUCAGCGUUUCCUUAGGCCCCGCGUCGUACUGCCUCCUUGCCCUCAGUCCUCUGCUCUUUCUGCAGCGCCUCUGCCUGGUUGGUCUUCGAGACACUAGAGCGCAACUCGAAAGCAUGUACCUCUAUCGUCGCUGUCCAAACCCGAAUUUCUGUGUCAUGCAAGAAAGAAACGCUCUUGGAUAA